GGAUAACACACACACAUGCAUUUAGCGUAUUUUCCACCAGAAAUUGGAUUCGGCGUAAUUGACAACUGGCGUAGAAAGCGUAAACUAACUAGGCGUCACAUCACGAAUUGGAGUCGUGUCCUUCGCGUACUCGUCGCGUAUGUCGUGUGCUGUUGUCGUGUCAACAUAUUCAAGAUGGCAAGUGCGGUGAACGAAAUCGCGGCUCAGGCAAGCGAAAACAUGACGGAAUAUGAGAAUACGACGACUGCGAGGACACCGUCGACUCCCGAAGGAAUGGCAAUUGCGUAUGGCAGCCUCAUUGUUAUGGCAAUUUUGCCUAUUUUCCUCGGUAGUUACCGUGCUGUCAGGCACCAUAAGGAGCAGCAGCAACAGUAUAAAGCAAGUGGCGAACAGCCAGACACAAUGUCUCGUAGAGAAGCUGCUAUGUUUCCUUUCAUUUCCAGUGUUACAUUAGUUGGCUUAUACGUUUUAUAUAAAGUAUUUGCAAAGGAGUAUGUUAACUUGAUAUUGGCUGGAUAUUUUUUCUUCCUUGGUAUUCUAGCCCUGUGCCAUCUUACGAGCCCACUCAUUUCAUCACUGGUACCAGCCGCAAUUCCAAAGACGCAAUAUCACAUUUUAUUUACAAGAGGGAAGGAUGACAAGGAGGAGCAUAUAAUUAACUAUAAAUUUAAUCUACAUGAUAUUGUCUGCCUUAUAUGCUGCUCGCUCGUCGGUGCUUGGUACCUCUUAAAAAAACAUUGGAUAGCCAAUAAUUUAUUCGGUAUUGCGUUUGCCAUUAACGGAGUCGAAUUGUUGCAUCUCAACAAUGUUGUUACCGGAUGCAUUUUGCUGUGCGGUCUUCUGUUUUACGACGCCUUCUGGGUGUUUGGCACAGAUGUGAUGGUGACAGUCGCAAAGUCCUUUGAGGUGCCCAUCAAACUUGUUUUCCCGCAGGAUCUUUUAGAGAAGGGCUUGGGCGCCGGUAAUUUCGCCAUGCUAGGAUUGGGUGACAUUGUACUGCCUGGCAUCUUUAUUGCGUUGUUGUUGCGAUUUGAUAACAGUUUGAGCAGGAAAACGAAUGUCUACUUUUACUCGACGUUCUUCGCGUACUUCAUGGGAUUACUGGCCACCAUGAUGAUCAUGCACUUAUUUAACCACGCACAACCUGCUCUAUUGUAUUUAGUACCCGCGUGCUUGGGCACGCCCUUACUCUUGGCUUUAGUCAAGGGAGAUCUCACAGCGUUGUUCUCAUACGAGGAUCAUCCAUCGCAACCUGCAGCUGCGGCCGCGGCGCAACAGUCGGAACAAACGCAAGUAGAAGCGAAAAAAGAUAAAUAAUAUUUUUAAUUUAAUGCAAAAAAACCGGAUGAGAAACUUUCGAUAUUAUUAUCGUGCUGUAAUUAUCUUUCAAAUUUAUCGUGCGUACGAAAGACGAAGAAAAAAGAAAAGAGACGAUUCAUGGUUCAUGCUCAAGACGUACAAUCACGCUAUUGUAUACCAGCAGUAGCUUAUAACUAUGCCCUGCAUGCACAUGAAUUGCCAAGUACAUCCAAUAAUACAAUCUACAAUAGGCAUACUUUAGCAUUUGUGGAUGUGAUUUCGAUGAUAAACGAGAAAGAAAAAUUCGAUUCAACGAUAGAAAUGUGAUAUAAUCAAGAGCAUCAUUUCAGUUGCAACGCAAAUUCAGCACGAAAUUUUUAUCACUCAUGUAUGGUAUCGACAGACAACGUCUCAAGAUAUUGAAGGAAAAAGACAUCGUCUCACUCUCUCCCGUAAGAAACGUUAAACCGUAAUGCAGUCUCAUUGUUUCGUAGCUUAGAGUAGAAUGAAUAUACUUCCAACUGUUGAUUUAUAUUUCCUAUACAACCAACGUGUACGAUGGACUACUACAUGAAAGUUUAACUGAGUUUUUACUAUAUAUACAUAUAUACUAUGAUGUUCUAUAUUUUAAAAACUAGUUCAGAAUAAGUUUCAGAGUUCCAGUUAUAUAUAAGUUUUUACAGCUAUUACACAGGUUUUUUGAUAACUUUAUCGCCAUGAUGUGAGUGAUAAUCAUGAAUUAUGAGUGUAAUAAAAAAAACUUCUUUCGGUUUUUGCGAUGCGAUGAAAAACAUUAAUAUAUAUAUAUAUAAAUACAAAAGUAUUAUUUCUUAUUUAAAAAAUUAUAAUAGAUCAUUAAAUAUACAUACAUAUACAUGCUACACAAACGCUAAGAAUCUUAUUACGAGAAAUGCAAUGAUAUGUAUAUUUAUAAUUGCAGCGAACAUAAACU